UUUAUUCAUUUCACAAAAACUCGGAGCUGUCGACUGCCUCCCUGACACCUGAGUUCAAUGACAGCUCCUGUUUUCUAGGUCACCUUAUUCUUAGCUGUCUUUGUUUAUCAGCACUUGGGAUGUGGCGGUCAUGGGUAGUGUCCGCCGUGGUGCUCGUCUUAACCUCAUUAGUCGCCGCUGGCCCGUACCGCAGACUACCUGCUCCGAAUGAUAUCCCAGCAUUCCAAGCUGGCAACCCGUUCCUUGGCUACCCUCCAGAGUUCUUCUCGGCCCCGAGAUAUGAUGGGUACUGGAGAGGGACGCCUUACAGCGCUGGCAGCCCGUAUGGUGGUUACAAUGCUGCAAAACAUCGCCAAGAUGAGUCUGUAGGGUUGGGCUACAGAAAUAGCCCGUAUGUUAGUACGGCUUCGCAGAUGGCUGGACUCAACAAUGGCGCCACCUACAUGAACAACGCCGCUGACACCAGCGGUUCUGAACUGACGGCGCCACCACAGGGAUACCAAAAUCUUAACAUAGCGCCACAGUUCAGCGCUGGGUCCAAUAGUGAUAUUAGCAAUGUUCAGCAGAUGGGCCAACUACAGGGAGACCAACGAUUUAGUGAACAACCAAACCUCUUUGAUACUCAGCGUUUUAACCAUGACACACAAACGAGUUAUUCUGAGACUAGGCCGCUGACCGGAUCGUCCGAGUUUCAGUCUCCGGACAUUCUGCAGCUUGCGACUGAAGAUGCGAAUGGCCACAUUAAGAAAGUGAACGUCACUCUCCCUCACUCUGCUAUGGCUGCUGCUAAACAAGGGGAUUAUUUGACGGAUAAUCCCCCCAAUAUGAAAGAGAGGUUUGACGAUGUCAGAGUCACCGACAGCGUGGGAGAAAUCGUCGGCAAAGUCAUCAGCAGAGAGUUCAAAGGUGACUGCCAGGUCAAAGGCUUUCAGUUCGAUGGCGGUCACGUGAAGUUCCCUUCUAACAAAAUGAACCCCGCACCCACUGGCUCCUUCACGUUCGUCACGUGGUUACGCGUCCGAAGUCUGAAUCGGAUAAAUGUGAUCUACUCCACUAGUGCACCUGAUGGUGCGCGACACUUUCUUGAGGUCCGGGAAUCGGAGAAGAAGAAACCGUUAGGGUUUGUGCGGUGGAUGAUAAGGCUUUCCAAGGGAACCAAUCUUUUCACUAUCGCCACGGACGAUGUUGUGCCCGCUGGUAUCUGGACGCAUCUGGUAGCGAAGUACGAUGCCAAACAGGGACGUGCGUAUAUCUUUAUCAACGCGCAAAAGACCCUCAAGACGAAGGACGUACCCAAGACCUCUAAACUCGCGUGGGGGCCGGACGUCAUUCUAGGGGGUGCGGUAGCCGAGGACGGCAAGUCAUCAGCAGGAAGUUACAUCGGCAGUUUGCUGAAAAUACGAUUCGUGGAGAAGCCGCUGAGUGACCCUGAAAUAGAAGCAGUUUAUCAGGAAUGCACGCCGAAAAAUGGAGGUAUUCCCUACCUCAUCACCACAUGUUCGGGCGACACAAAGGGCUCACCUACAUCAUCAACGGUAUACAUUCAGCUGAUUGGUGAAGACGGACAGUUUGGUGAAUUCAAGGUCGGAACAGGCUUUAAGAAAGGAUGCUCAAAAUCCGUCACAUUCAACGGACCCCAGAUCGGUGCUCUCACUAGCAUCGUGGUGAGAAAAGGAACAGAUGGAAUACUUCAGAAAGACUGGAAGAUGGAAAAGAUCGUUGUCAUAGUGGGUGACCCGGAUGAAGGAAAGGAGACAGGCGCAUACACUUUCCCAUGUAAUCCGCUGUGCAAGUUCGCGGAAAAAGGGAAUACUCUUACGCAGGCUAUCGCGGCCAAACCCCGAGUCAACGGUGGCUGGUCGGAAUGGUCGCAAUGGAGUGGUUGUGGAAGUGGAAUGUGCGGAGGGGACAAGAAGGUCAAGACUCGUUCAUGCACGAAUCCUCUUCCGUCUGAGGGUGGAAAGAAAUGCACCUUGCCAGACGGAACGCCCGCGCUCCUAGAGGCCAUGGAAGAACCGUGCAAAGUUGACGGUGGGUGGAGUUCCUGGACCCCCUGGUCUGAGUGCGCGGAGGUUUGCGGGGGGUCCGUUGUUGAAAGGUCACGGGCCUGUGAUAACCCCGCCCCGGCCAAUGGUGGAGCUACGUGUCCGGGACCGGACAAAGAGACCAAGAAUGACUGCACGGAACCUUGCGAAGACUGGCCCGUAGAUGGUGGAUGGUCGGAAUGGGAGGCUUGGUCGCCCUGCAGUCAGACGUGUGGCGGGGCGCCCGUGACACGCAUGCGCACAUGCAACAACCCGGAACCAAAACGAGGCGGGCUGCCUUGCGAAGGAGAUAACACGGAAACCGCCACAGACUGCACGAACCCUUGUCCAAUUGACGGUGGAUGGACUGAAUGGACGGAAUGGAGUAUGUGCAGCACCUCGUGCGGGCCUGGGCAGCAGUCACGUGACCGGAACUGUACGAACCCGCCCCCGGCGUAUGGCGGGAAGCCUUGUGAAGGAAAUCCGACAGAGACUCAACCAUGCAAACUGACCGCAUGCCCGAAUGCUGUCAACGGCAACUGGGGGGACUGGGGUCCGUACUCCGAAUGCACAGAGAAAGAGAUCUGCCUUCAGGGCACAAGGUCACGCAAGAGAGAAUGUAACAACCCACCGACAUCAGGAGGUGGUGACGAAUGCCCUGGACUCGACACGGAGGAGGACAUCUGUCCUAAAGAAAACUGCAAACCUGCCAAAGGCGAGUCAAUCCCAGUCAAGCCCCAGACAUUUUUGUCUGACUCUUGCAAAGCUACAACCGCGUUCUUCGCCGGCGGCGAGAAAGCCAGCGAGAUCCCAGACUCUAUCUACACGUCUCACUUGAAGGACAUUAGCGACGACCUGAAGACAAGCUACUUCGUAAAAAUGACUCGAAAGGCGAACUUUGAGGAGAUCACGAAAUACUGCUUUCAGCCUAGCACCCCGCUUACUAUAGAUAAGGUUCAAAAAGCCUUCCCAGGGUACUCUGCGGCCCCAUCACUGCCAAAGUUCGACAAGCCUGCGGGUAGUAAGGAGACGCCGGGAGUGUCGAUUGAACUGAAACCGGACGGGUCACUUUUCUCAGGCGAGUUCAGCCUUGGCGAUUCCAAAAGUUACGCGCCACUAAAAGACGUCAAGGUUAACAACGCGCGAUUUGUCUUCCGAGAAGAGCCUGGGUCGAGAGGUGUGCUCGCGUACGGACAGCAAGAUCUUGUCAACUCUGUGUUUGAUGUGCAAGUAACUGCUGGUCCGUCGAUCAAGGGCUCAAGUGCUAGUACCACUGACGCAGCCACCAUCAUGAAAGCCCUGGCUUUCCCCGCUGUUUCAUCUGCCACGGGCGCCGAGACCUCCGCGAAAGACAUGUUCAUCAACUGGGUGAUAGACUACCUGUCGGAACUCGCCCUCGCGAAGAUCCCCAUCUCUGGUCUCUCGGAAGCGACGACAGAGGCCACCAAGCGGAUCUCGGGCUCCGUGGCGAUAGGGGAAAAGGACAUGUUUUACGUGGAGGUCAUUAAACAGAAGAGUUUUGCUAUCGGGUUCACGUCCGAUCAAGCAGCCUUCGGUAACUUCAUGGAAUUGGUGAUGUCAAAAGUCAAGAGAAAACCGACAUCUGUCAAGCUAUUCGGAGAAAUGCGAGAUGUAACGAUUGGAAUCGCGUACGCGCACGCCGCGUUCAAAGUUGAAGCCGCGACCAAGUUUACGCGCGAGCCCCUCAAAUCCGGCUUCUCAAAGAGCAUCAAAAAAGGCGUCUUCAUGGCAGUGCGCAUGCGUCUACCCGAGACCUGCCAGUCUGACGUCUGUAAGGUCAUGCAAGGGAUCCUGGGUAAAGACAACUUCUUGAUGCUCACUGGCAACGCGAAUCCUGAGGGAUUUGAGAUCCGCGCCUCCGUUACCAAGGAAACGACUAAGGAAAACGCCGAUAAAAUCAAGUUGUCAAAUCUAGAAUUCUUUAUUCAGGUCAAGCUUACCAAGUUAGCGGUCGGAAUAAGCUUUUCCGUAGACGUCCCAGUGGAAGGGGAGAUUAUGAAAGAUAACAUCGUUCAGCCGAAGAGCGUACUAGUGCUAAAAGGCACAGCUCAGCUAAGCAACGCGUUAUCCAUAGGAGCGACACUCAAGAUGGAGGGAAUCUGGAGAAAGGCGUUUGGCGUUUCCUUCCUUAGUAUCGGAGAUCUCGGAGCUGGACUAGAAUUAACUCCUGCCGGCAUCCCAACAAAGAUCGAGUUCAGCGGUACGAUCAUUCUAGGCAAAGACUGCAUGUACCCAGAGGACUUUACGCUGAAGGGUAACUGCCUCAAAGGCAUGGUGAAUGUGAACGUGUCGCCAAACAUCAUCGAGCAGUAUGUUUACGGCUCCAUCUCCGCAGUUACUGUCGGCAAGGUAUUCCGUAUGCUUGGGUCCAAACUAGAGCUUCCAGAUAGGAUAGCGCAAACGGGAUUCGAAAAGGAUAUAGUGGUUUCCUUCGCUGGAAAAGAACACACUAUCCCAUUUGCUGGCAAGACAGUGACCGUAAAAAAGGGUCUCUACGUCAGUGGGCGCGUUAACUUGCUUGGGGUCGCCGCCGAUUUGACCAUUGAGCUCAGCACAGACAUCAUCUACGUGAAUACCGUCCUUUCGCCCAUUAAAUUACCGGGAGGAAUAACCCUGACCCAGAGUAUAAAAGACACCAAGACUGGGCCUCGAUUCUAUGCUAAAGCAACCAGAAAUCCUUUGACCAUUGAGAUCUUCCUCCAAGGGGCACUCAAGAUCUUUGGCGUCGAGACAGAAAUAAAGUUUCUGCUUAAACCUACCUUCAUCGAGGCCACUCUGAAUCUCAAGCUACCGAUCCCAUCUAAGCUUGGCGUGGAGGUGUACAUCAAGGGAGGGUACGGUAGCUCUAAAGACGAGAAGGACAAAAAAGGAAUUGGCGAGAUUGAGUUUACCGCUAGGGUGACGGUUACAACGGAGAAAAAGCUGAUCGAGCAAGACACCGGCAAGGACCUCAACGCUGGUAUAGAGAGCGCUCGCGCCAAGCUACAAGCUGCUAAAGACCGGCUGAAGGAAGAAAAGGAGAAUUGCGAAAAGCGCGUCGUGAGUCACUGUGCCAUGUGCGAGGAAAUCGCGUGUAAACAAAUCACAGAUAGCUGCAACAGCGCGAUGGACUCAUUUAACAAUUUUAUCGGGGGAGCAGCUAACAGAUUUGGUGGAUGGGCUGUUGGCAAAGCCAAGAAGAUCGCCGAUAAGUUCAAAAGCAAAGCAGAACGAAGAAAAAGAAGCAUUGAGCACUUUUAUGGUAGACCUGACAUGAUGGCGCACUUCAGGGGCAAACGUUUUGUGGGAAAAUACAUGUGCAAGAAGCUAGCACCAGCUCUUUGCAAGGGAGCCAAGCUAGCUUGUGAAGCCUCGUGCGAGUUGAAGUCGCAUAUCACUAAAGGCAUCUGUAAGGCUCUCGAUCUUGCGCACAAGUCCUUGUACCUGAUCGAGGAAGGUUUCUACUGGGUUAAGAAGGCGCACAGUAUUAUUCCCAAAGACAUCUUCAUCCUUCACAACCUAUGCUUCCAGGCGACGCUAUCGAGUAGCCUGAAGACGGGGGUUGGGGCGAGUGUUGACGUCACUGUUAUGAAGGUUCGUCGAAAAUUCACCCUCGAGGCAAAUCUAGAAGAUCUCAAGAAGCUAGCAAAGAGCAUCAUGGAUAAAGCCUUGAGUGAAUUCAAAAAGAUGUUUAGACCCAAAUUCAGUAAACCUAAAUACGACAAGCCAGGGACGAAGGCAGACUACCUCAUAUCGGCCCCAUUCAGGAUCCAGAAUGCAGGAAGCCAGAUGUGUAUCCAGAGCCCAGGCCCCAAUGCAGGAUCUCCACUCGCGGUGGCCGGGUGCGCGGGGGAUGCCACGCUAUGGGUGUACACACUCACCGGGGAACUGAUGAAUAUCGAGAAUGGCUUGUGCCUGACGGUAGAGGGUGCCGCUCCAGCCUUGAAGAUCGUGCAGCAGCCGUGCAAAGGCUUGUCCACCGCGCAGAAGAUCUCGUGCAACUGGAAUAGGAUAUUCGUACCACAGACAGACAACUGUCUUGUGGAAAGCGUAAGUGCUGUUAAAGUGGAGAAGUGCGAGACCCAGAAGGAUGAUGAAGAAGUUGUUGAACCUCCUAAAACUCAGCAAUGGCUGGUUGCUGGUGACCCGAGAAAGAAAGUCUGUGACAACUUCGUAGUAGACCUUGCGGUUAACAAACCUGCCACGCAGUCUAGUGACCUGGCUGCGAAGGACAUCGAUGAAGAUUCGCCAUUGAAACCGGAGGAAAAGCAGAAGAUCCUUGCGGCCGCUGGCGCCGCGCAAGCCGUGGACGGUAACAUGGCGGCAAGUCUAAUGGAGGGUUCAUGCGCGCAUACGGGACUUCAAAUGGACCCAUGGUGGAAGGUGGACCUACAAGCCGAGUACAUCAUCACGGAUGUGAGCUUACAGACGCCUACAGAGGGAUCCCUGAUCGAGGCAUUGUCCAACUUCGAAAUUCGCGUGGGAAUGUCGGCGGAGUUCAAGACCAACCCGAUGUGCGGAGCGCGCGUGAUUAGUACACACGUGGGGGAGCUGUGGACUUCCCAGUGCACCCCACCCCUCCCCGGACAGUACGUGUCGGUGCAGAUGUACGGCAAUGUCUAUCUUAGUCUGUGCGAGGUCGCGGUCUUCGCCAGGAAAGAUAACCACGGCAAGUGCUCGGACGAGCUUCGUAGAAAGCGGUCACUGAUUACGUCAUACAAAGAUCUGGUGCUAAAACGGGCCACCGUGACCUACGGGCGCUACGAGUGAGCUACAUGAGCUACGAAUGCCUACCGAGAUCUUUGAUAAUCUAUUAAUCUACUAAUCAUUCCCGAGAGAGCCCCGAUUGCCUUCCAGCUAACAUACCGAACAAUAUUUGGUUACGGCGAAUUUUGGAGCUACGACGAUCACGUAGGCUUCGUGCAAUGUGGCUUUCAUCAAGAGCUUGAGACUGGGGUAUCUGCAGUUAGAUAUAAAUAUCAAUGAUAUGUAAACUAUUAAAACUAAAAUAUUGCUGUUUUAAGCAUAUAUUAAAGAAAUGACUCAAAAA